AAUAUUUGUUUAUAUAUGUAUAUAAUUAAACAAAUAUAUAUUAAAUAUACUAAUAUACCUGCGUGCGUUAUUAUAUAGGGUUGUGUGCUAUUUGCCAUUGACAUCGAUUCGGGUUUGAUGAUGUCAUAAUAAUAUUUAUUUUGUUUUUGCACCCCAGAAAACAACAAGAAAUCGUAUCAAAGUGAAUAUAUGAAUGCCAAUGAGCAAUUUAAAUAUAAUUAUCUGUGCAUUUUUUCUAACGUUUAGGUGCGUUGUGUUGCAGUAACUUAGCGAGAAAAUCAAUAAGGAUAUAAAAUUAAACAAACCGAAUUUGUAAUAAUAAAGUGCUAUUAAGAAACUGUGAAAAUUGUUUGAAAAGUUUAAUGUCCAACAUUUUCGCUGUUGGCUAAAAUUUGUUCUACCACAUACCUUUUUGACGACCAAGCCAUCUCUGUAACCUUAAGGCAGCAACAAUAUGGUUUUCGAGUCGGUGGUCACCGAUGUACUAAAUAAGGUACUAGGUGAUUAUGUCGAAAACUUGGAUAAAAAGCAGCUCAAAAUUGGAAUUUGGGGCGGCGAUGUUGUACUACAUAACCUCAAGGUUAAAGAAAAUGCUCUCGAUGAGGUAGAUCUGCCGGUGCAGCUUGUCUAUGGUUUUUUGGGUAAGCUAGUCUUGAAAAUACCAUGGAAGAAUCUCUACAGUCAACCGGUGAUUGCACAAAUCGAGGAUCUAUAUAUGCUUGUUGCCCCCAAACAGGCAGUGCAGUACGAUCCCGAGAAAGAGGAAAAGUACGAAUUACAAAUAAAACAAGCGGCGCUCAAAGCGUUGGAGGAGGCACACAAAAAGGAGUUGAUGAAAAAUGAAGCCAAACCGGAUGCCACCUUCUCCGAGAAGUUAACGGCACAAAUUGUCAACAAUCUGCAAGUGAAAAUAUCGAAUAUACAUAUACGUUAUGAAGAUGCCUCCACGACGGGUGAGAACUUCGCGCUCGGUGUGACACUACACGAUCUAGAGCUAUACACCACAGAUGAGAACUGGGAGAAAUGUUAUCUAACACAACAAGUCAGUCGUGUCUUCAAAAUCGCCAAUCUCGACUCUUUGUCUGCAUACAUGAAUUGCAGAACAAAUAUGUACUCAGCGCUAUCCAAGGAAGAACUCGCUGAGGUGUUUCGAAAAAAUAUCGCACAAAAGGAUUCGGUGCCCAACGAUUAUAAUUACGUGGUUGGACCGAUUUCGGUUAUGGGUAAAUUACAGUUAAAUAUGAAUCCCGAAUAUGAUACGCCAGCAUUUGUGAUACCAAAAAUCGAUUUGGCUUUGGAAAUGCAAAAGUUGCGUGUCGGCUUAACGAGCACACAAUUCCAGGAGGCGAUAAAGCUGGGCGAAUCCAUGAAUCGCAUGCAGUUGGGUGUGCGCUAUAGAAAAUAUCGACCGUUCAAUACGCCUUAUAAGAAACACUAUCGCGAAUGGUGGAAGUUCGCUAUCAAUAGCAUUUUAGAGGAAGACAUCAAGAAGCGCAAUAAAGAAUGGACUUGGGAGCACAUUAAAGAGCAUCGACAGUUGUGUAACACAUAUGCAGAGCGUUUCAAAGAGAAGGAGCUAUCUAAGAAGCCACCUGCUAGUCUCACUGAAACCUGCACCUUACUCGAACAGAAGUUAGAUUUGUUCAAUUUGGUCUUGAUACGCAAGCGUGUGCAAAUUGAGGUGGAUAAAAUCCGUAGAGAUGAAGAAACGCGGCAAUCACAGAAGAGCGGGUGGUUUGGCGGCUGGUUUGGUGGUGGACAAAAAACGGAAGAUGGCGAAUCGAAUGAUAUUGUUAAAAAACUGGAAGCUGCAAUGACAGCGGAUGAAAAGUCGAAGCUGUACGAAGCUAUAGGCUAUCAAGAGGGCACACCACCGCCCGACAUGCCAGCGCACUAUGAGGCAAUAAAAAUGCAAUUUAAAUUGUUAGCCUUGGAAGUUGGGCUCUAUGAUGACAGUGAAGUGGUUGGUAGGGAGAGUUUCACUUUGGAACAACUUAAAACGCUGAUGCUGCUCAAUUUCUCGAUGACAACUUGCGAUUUAAGACAACGUCCUGGCGGCAAUGCUUUGAGCGUCACUGUUGGCAUGCACGAAAUCAAGCUGUUGGGCUUGCAUCAAGAUGGCGUCGCACCAAUUUUGAUCGAAUCGAAAACAACCGAUGAAUUAAAUUUACUCGACGUAUUCUUUGAGACCAAUCCUCUCGAUAAGAAAUGCGAUCAGCGUAUACGCGUGUCGGCGCGUCCACUACAAGUCGUCUACGAUGCCGACACGAUUAUACGACUGGCUAAAGUGUUUACACCACCCAAAACGAAUUUGUCCGAGUUAGAAUUAGCCGCAACUGAACGCAUGGCCAAUUUCAAAGAGCGUUCCGCCACUGGUCUACAAUAUAUGAUCGACUCGAAAUCUGUGCUGGAGAUAGAUAUACAAUUUAUGCCGAACAUUGUUAUUAUACCGAGCGGUGGCAAAUAUAAUCCGAACUGUAAUGAUAAUUCGCUAAUUGUUAUAACGCUGGGUAAGUUCAUCGUGUCUUCGAAACCGCACAAUGUUUCGUCGAGCGAUCUGAUUGGUAUGUUGGAGGACACUCGAGUCUCUAUAGAUAACGUAUUGGAACGUGCAUACGAUCAAAUACAAGUCAGCAUUGCUGAUAUACAGCUGGUUGUCGCACGCCCUGGCGAGGAUUGGCAGAAUACGCUCGCCUCAGCAGUGCAAUCAGAUAUGCAUAUAUUACGACCAACAUCUGUGCUAUGCAAUGUAUGCCUGUGCGCCGUCGAUGAUGAUCCCCGUUUGCCGAAGAUGAAAAUCGAAAUUGAGUUACCUUCGAUUGCGCUCAACAUAACGGAAGAUCGCAUGUUCGAUGCUUUACGUGUCGCCACAAGCAUACCAUUGCCGGAGAGUGAGGCUGCACAACCCUCACCACUCACGAGAGCUAUAAGCACUGCUUCGUCGAAGCUAUCCUUAGCUAGUUUCUUGACACAAGAGAAGAAACAGAAGAAGCGUGUAGAGAAAGUCGAUCUUUCCGAAGAGAUUGUACAAUAUACGAAUUUAGAAUUGGUAUUCAGAUUAAAAGAAUUUACCGUUGCUCUAAAUAAAUCGGUGCCCGUUAAAGAACCACAUUUGAGUGAGCCUAAAAAUGAGACAACCGAGUCGCCCAUGGACUCAACAGUAGAAUCGCCACAGGAUUCGAAUGCUUACGGUACACCCGUGGAGGAAAUGCCAAAUGAUAUUGUGCUUGAUAAAAUUGAGAGUUGCACCUCGGCGACUUGUGAGGUCGAGACCAUAUUGUCGUUCCAUGUGCUCGAGCUGGGCGUGAAAAUGUACCAACGCACAUAUGAAAUGGUGGUGGAAGCGAAUUUGGGCGCCAUCAAUUUGAAACGUCAUGGCAGUGCUGAGAAUUCUCAAUAUCAACUAAAUAUUAUCGAUACACCAAAAUUCUCUAAAGAACUGCAAUAUCUGCUGAAUGUCUCCUACGUAAUGGCACAACGCACUUCUCCCGAAUUCUUCACCAAAUAUAAUGCUACCGAACAACUGAUCAACAUCAACUUCUCAACUUUGAAUAUUACGCUGCAUCAAGAAGUGCUACUGCAAUUGCUAGAACUGGCCGAUUCCAUACAACGCAAAUUAGAUACUGUGCUCAAGUCAUCAAAUUCCGAGGGUGCCAUACCCAAAGAUCGUGUAGGCAAUGCUGGUGAUACGGGCAUUCUUAGUAAACUUUCUGUUAUUGCUGAAGAGGGUGAAGAGGAUGAUGUGUUGACUGCUUUGGCGCCUGCUAAAAAUCGGCCACGUCAAGGCAAAGUGGUUGACAGCAUACAGGUGCAUGUGAAGGCGAAAUUGGAACAGGUUUCAUUGCUGCUGACAUGUCACAAACGUCCUUUAGCCUCAAUGCAAGUGCAACAUUUUGAUGCGAAUGUCAUUUUGAAGUCAUCCUACACGGAGUUGAAUCUGCGUUUGAAGGAUAUCGUAGUCACCGACUUGAAUCCAUUGACGAAGCAUAGUGGUAUACUCUCCAUUGUCGGCGAUAAUGCGCUCGAGUGCCAGGUGAUCAAGUUUAAUUUGGACGAAACCUCCAACUACAAUUCGGAUGACAUGCGCAUAACUGUAUCGAUUGGUGGCAUGAAGAUAGUGUUCCUCAACUGGUUUGUCACCGGCGUUUUGAGCUUCCUCAACAAUUUCCAAGCCGCUCAAGCGGCUCUUGCGCAAGCCAGCGCUGCCGCUGCAGAUGCUGCGAAACAAAACGCUAUGGUUGCCUAUGAGAAUGCAUCGCGCAUGAAGCUCGAUAUCAAGGUGAAAGCACCCGUUAUUAUUGUACCGAUGGACUCGCAAAGUUUCAAUGCCAUCGUGUUGGAUCUUGGUUUCCUCUCAUUAAACAAUGUCACUACUGAAGUUGAUGUAGCGGGUGACAGCCGACGCGCUGUGCUGGAUGAAAUAAAGUUGGAGCUAAAAAAUAUGCGUUUGGCAAAGGCGGCCAUUUUGUUAGAUGAGGGUAUUCGAUCGUCGGUCGAUACUGUUGAUAUGGCAUACGGCAUCAAGUCGCAUUUGAAUAUUUUGGAUCCCGUUAGCUGCGCUUUAAUUGUCAAACGCAAUUUAUCCAGCACAUGGUACAAAGAGGUGCCGGAAAUGGAUAUUUCGGGACAUUUGAAAUCCAUUGAGUUUAAUCUCUUUAUGGAAGAUUACGCUGUCAUAAUGGCAAUAUUAAAUCGUAAUUUGAGCGAAGGUGCCGAUGAAUUUCCACCCGUCGAAGAACCCGAACGUCCGCAAACACCGAAAUUGCACGAACAACGUUCACAGGAGUCGAAAAUUGAUGUAGAAUCAGCUACAAGCAGCGCAGCAGCUAAACGUAAAGUUGCCGCCGUGGUGAGUGCACAGAAUACACCACAGAAGAGUACGGUGCAUGUGCAAAUGAAAUUCAGUUUCCUGUUUGACGGUGUUGUUAUCAAUUUGCUGUUGAACAACGAUGAGGGUUUAGCGCGCUUCGGCUUAUACUUCCUAUCGCUGAAGGGCAACAAAUUGGUGAAUGGCACACUGAAUACCUCUAUUGUGCUUUGCAAUAUACAAAUCGAUGACACACGCACAUCUAAUACAAGUCCCAUUAAGAAAUAUCUAUGUCGCAAAGACUGGAACGAAAGUCAAUUGCAUAAACAAACCGAACCUACAGCGGAUAUGAUAGACGCUUGCAAGACCGAGCUGAAUUAUAUGUUGGAUUUAACGGCCAGCAUAAAGGAGGAUGAUGUUUUUGCUGAGGUGCGCGUUAGUAGUUUCGAUUUGAUUUUAUGCGUUGACUACCUUUUGAGAUUAGCCGAUUUCUUUAAAUUACCCGAAGAUACCGAAACACCAACUGCGCUUAAAAAACCAGAACUAAAAUCGCCAACUAGUCCUGUUGCACCGAAUAUAGCAACAACGCCCGCCGUAAAACCAACGGUGAGCACGGUCUCCACACAAGAUGCCGCUGUUAAUAACAAGAAAAUGAAUUUAAUACUACAUAUCGAAGAGCCGGACAUAAUCCUGGUGGAAAAUCUGGACGAUAUGAAUUCCAAUGCGAUUAUAUUCAAUGUGCAGGCGCAAUUGAAUUAUCGCGCCAUUGGCGAACGCCAGAAUAUCAAUGGACAAAUCGAUUCGCUGAAAAUGUAUAUGUGCUCCUUUAUGCCAGAGCGUCGCGAGGCAACGCGCCAUUACAUAUUGCAUCCGUGCAUGAUCAGUUUGCAUGGCUCUACGCCGGAAGAGGAGGGCUUACAUGUCAGCUUGAAAUUGAGUGAGAUUAUGUUGAAUGUUUCACCGGCCACCAUCGAGUUGUUGAACAAAGCUAUGCGUAGCAUAAGCGCUGACAAUGCAAAGCGUGAGACGAAUAUGAGGCUCGAGACUAAUUACAAGAAACUGUGGUUGGAAGAACCGCUACAAGAGAAACGCUAUUGGUUCUUGAGAGCUGACCGUGCUGUCGAGGCGCUAGAGUAUAUCGAGAGUCAUGUAGCUGUGGAUUCUCAAAGGCGGAAAACUGAGCGUUGUGUUGUUGAAGUUCCUAAUAUCACGAUAGUCAUCGAAACGGGUAUUGGUUACUAUACGAAACCGCUCAUAACAAUCGAUACACGUCUCAAUGCCAUUAUAAGUGACUGGAGUGAUGAUCUGAAAAUACGUGGAUCGCUUACAUUGAGCACCAAUUAUUAUAAUGAAUCCCUAGCCGUGUGGGAGCCCAUCAUUGAAAUGAAUGAACACAUUAACCGCAAUGGUGAGCAGGAGUAUCUGCCUUGGGAACUAACCUACAAAGUGGAUAUAAUAAAUCAGAAGAAUGAAAACGAUAACGAUGAGGAGCAAGAGGAGGAGGAAUUGGGCAAAGUAACACAAAUCGCCAUACAUUCUGAUGAGGACUUGCAAUUUACCGUUACCAAGUCUUGCUUAGAUCUGUUAAGUGUCUUGGGUGAGGCCUUCUCACAGGCCAUACAAAUUGAGGGUCUUACCAAACCCGAAGUUGUAGCACCUUACGUUGUUGAGAACGAUACGGGCUUUGAUAUCUCUAUAAACUUUAGACGUGGCAUAUUUACAUUGCAUGAAUGUCACUCGCCUAAAGCCACGACAGGCACCAGCUUGAAUAGUUCUUUGGUAUUUGCGGCUGAAGAUGCAGAUGCCAACUUUUCGCCAGAGCAAGUGAAGGAUUGCCGGAUCUCGCCUGGUGGACGCGCCUAUUUGCAAACCAAAGAUUUGUCCACAAUCACCAAUGAAGAAGAUGAGGAAUAUAACCUAUAUGUGCAGGUGGGUGGCAUCGACAAAGAGGUUGUACUGCCUGUAUCCAAAUCGGAUCAACGCUAUUUCCCAUUAUAUCGCGGUUCGAAUCAAGAUCCUUGGGGUAUUGUCUCCGAGGUGCGCUCCGAGUUCGGCACCACCAAAAUCAAUAUACACGGUGUGGUCAAGGUUCACAAUCACUUCACCACUCCUUUGCUCAUACAUCGUUAUAAACAUGGCGCGGGUAGAGAGAAAAUUCUGGUAGGCAAAGUGCUGCCCGGCAAAGUCUUCCAUGUGCCGCUGCAUGCCAUUUACGCUGAUAUCAAAGAAUUACAUUUCAGUUUAGAGGGCUACAACAUAUCUGUGCAAGGCAUUAAAUGGAACGACUGUCCAACUGAUCUGGACUAUUCCAGGCAAUUGCAAUGUGAUCCUUUGGACACCUUCGAAACAUUCUAUAUAAAUGCGAAACGUGUUAAAACCGAAAUCUUCCACGAACACAGUGACAAAUACACCAUAUUGAGCGCCUAUUACACGCUGCAUUUGCGCCCACCGGUAUAUCUUUGCAAUGCAUUGCCGAUUAGUAUUAGUGUCUCGGUUGCUGGUUGCAGUGUACGCAGCGCUGAAAGUGAGAGUGUUGAAAGAGGCACAACGAGCGCAAUCAAGGAGGAUAUGUUGGAUUAUGGCGAGAAAGAAGUGGCACCAGGCGAUGUGCUGCAUUUGCCAACGGUGAAAUUGAGUGGCAAAUCGCGUGAAAAUCGUAGUUUCCUCGUAGUGCGGCUUAUCCAAUAUUUGGAGAAGGAUUGGUCGUGCACCACUGAAAUUUCGGAAGAUCACAAUGAUAUGGCUACUUGGCGUUUUAGUUCCUAUGACUCUGAGGCCAAAAUGGAUAUGGAUUUAUGUGUGCGUUUCGAAGAUCGUCGUGGCGCUUUGCAGAUAUCGCUCUACAGCCCCUUCUGGAUGAUCAACAAAACCGGCUUGAUGCUUAGCUAUAAAACCGAUGCAGAAACCGUUGAUGUACUCUAUCAUCCACCAGAAUAUAACGGACCGAUCUUAUUCUCUUUCCGUGAGAAAUUCUUCUUUGACAAAAAAGCUGCCACAAUACGUGUCGAUAACGGUGAUUGGAGUAAUAAAAUACCGUUGGACGUUGCCGGUUCAAUGGGAGCUGUUACUUGCAAAUCCAAAGACACACCAUAUCAGAUUGGCGUACACAAUCAUUUAACUUACAAUUCGCUUACGAAAAUGAUCACUUUCAUACCAUUCUAUAUUGCAAGUAAUAAGUGUUACUUCGAAAUUGAUUUACAAGAGCAAAGCAGACCGGGUGAUCCAUGGAUGACGGUGCUACCCAACUCUUGUACACCACUCUGGCCCAAAGAUGAUUCCGAUCUUAUGCUUAUCGCACGCGUACUCGGCCAAUGCACACCUGCUUUUAAAUACUCCGAGGCGCAAUGUACGCUCCUCAAACUGCCAGGCAAUAAGUACGGUGGCAUUAAUGUGGAUGUGCAAGCCACUGAAGGCGGUGUUUAUAUCAUAUUCAAUGAGUUUAAUCCCGGUGAUGCGCCUGGCUUAAUCAUUAAUCACACCGAUUUACCAAUUGUCUAUCAAGAGAAGGAUGUUAAAGACAAUGUGGUGGUGAAACCAUUUACAAAAUUGCUGCACGCUUGGUCACACCCAUCCGGCGAGAAUAGCAUUGUCUUUGAUUUUGGUGUAACUAUAAAUGAAAAAAGCAAAACUAAAGCCGAGACGGAUCUGAGACGUGAUCAAAUCGGUGAAAUGAAAAUCAAUGACGGUUCGACAGCUUACUGGGUUACAUUUUUGGAUGGUUUGCAGCGUGUGUUGCUUCUUACUAAAGAUGUUGGUAUUGCUAAGAAGCUUGAAGGCAGCGCCACCAUACAGAAGAUUACACAGUCGAUGGAAGUACGCAUCCAUGGCAUUGGCUUUUCAUUGAUUAACAAUGCGAUUAACACAACCAUAUUGUAUAUGGGUAUAGCAAGCUCAGGUGUUAUUUGGGAGCAAAAGAAGGGCUCAAAACACUAUAAGCAGAUGAAUAUACACGAGACAGCAGAGCUGGAAGAACAGUACCAACAGUAUUUGGUCGACCGUAGUGUGAAUCUAGUGAAGAAGUACUAUCUGGAUGCCAAAUAUGAGGUCGAUUUCGAACAUAUGAUACUUAAAAAGAAUAAAGAACGUGAACUGCAUCGCACUUUCUAUCCAGGUGUUUGGUUCAAAAUGCGCACGUCGCCCUAUCAAAUGCAGCUACAUGCGAAAAUCAAUAAAAUUCAAAUUGACAAUCAAUUAAACGAUUACAUCUUCCCGGUUGUGUUGGCGCCAAUACCGCCACCUAAGAGUGUAGCCACAACGACAGUUCUGAAGCCAUUUAUCGAAGUCAGCGUCGUGCAAUGGGUGGUGCCCAACUCCACUGUGAAACAAUACAAAUACGCUACAAUGCUGAUACAGGAAUUCCACUUCAAAGUGGAUCUAAUGUUCCUUACAGCGCUCGCCGAUAUGUUCGCCAGCAAGGUGGACGAUGUGCAAGCGGCGAAACUCUUCAAUAUGAAUGUUGAAUCCAUCGAAAAGCCAUUAGCUGAUCUGGUGGAGACCCAUUCCGCGCAGGAACAAAAGAAUUUCUAUGAUAAUCUGCAUUUGGGUCCAAUUAAAAUACACGUCAGCUUCUCAAUGGCCGGCUCGGAUACCACCGCUUUGCCGGGUAUACUCUCGACGCUGGUGCAAGGUGUGGGUGUUACUUUAACCGAUGUAAAUGAUGUUGUUUUCCGUUUGGCUUUCUUCGAACGCGAGUAUCAGUUCUUCACGCAACAGCAGCUAACUUCAGAGAUCACAACACAUUACACCGGUCAAGCGCUGAAACAGCUGUACGUGCUUGUUUUGGGUUUGGAUGUACUCGGCAAUCCAUAUGGCUUAGUUGUUGGCCUGAAGAAGGGUGUCGAAGAUUUGUUCUAUGAACCAUUCCAGGGUGCUAUACAAGGACCCGGCGAAUUCGCGCAAGGUCUAGCGCUCGGUGUUAAAUCACUUUUCGGACAUACAGUGGGUGGUGCAGCUGGUGCGGUAUCGAAAAUCACCGGCGCUAUGGGCAAAGGUUUGGCUGCACUUACAUUUGAUGAAGAGUAUCAGAAGAAGCGUCGCCUACACAUGAAUAAGAAACCGCAAACAUUCUCUGAAGGCAUAGCGCGCAGCGGCAAAAGUUUGGUUAUGGGCUUCGUUGACGGCGUCUCGGGUGUUGUAACCAAACCUGUUGCUGGUGCGCGUGAAGAGGGUGUUGAGGGCUUCUUUAAGGGUGUCGGCAAGGGCGUCAUUGGUUUUGUCGCCCAACCGACAGCCGGUGUGGUUGAUUUUGCAAGUGGCAGCUUUGGUGCCGUGCGUCGCGCUGCUGAGGGACAACACGACACAAUGCGCUUGCGUGCACCGCGUUACGUACAUCAGGACAAUGUGAUACGGCCAUAUUGUCGCGCCGAGGCGGAGGGCAAUCGUGUUUUCAGAGAAAUCGAAAAGGGCAAAUACGCCGGCACCGAUGUGUUUAUACACUGUGAGGAGUUGGUACCAAAGCAUGAAUUUUUUGUCGUUUCGAAUCAUCGUGUUAUACAUGCAACGAAGAACGAUCUAUUCGGCACAUAUACGGUCCAAUGGAAAUAUCGCUUUGAAAACAUCGACGUAUUCACGCCCACCGAUAAGGGAGUGGAAAUCAGACUGAAAAAGCAAAACAAAAAAGUCAUGGGCAUGUUUUCAACCAACGAAGUGGUACGCAAACAAAUCACCAUAAAGGAUGCGAAGCGACGUGAUCGUCUAAUUGAAAUUUUGGAAUCUCAACACAAGAAAGUGUAACCUUUUCAUCUACCGCUUAAUAUGCGUGCUGUGCGGCAGCCUUAGCUGCUCAUCACCGUUUUUGAUACUCAAAAACCAGAAUUUGCUGUUUCAAAAUUAAAUGGCUGUAAGCUAAACAAGCUAAAUGAAAGCGCUUUAAAGCUGCGAACGCAACACAAACGACAUGAAUUCAACAACGAUCGAGUGUGCACCGAAAAAAAAUUUUACUAAAAAAAAUGAAGUAAUAAACUGAAUUUGAAAAUUGAUAUUUUAAUAUAUACUAAAUGUAAGCAUAUUGCGGUUGAAAUGAAAUCAAGCACUAUGUACUUUUAAACACUAACUGUUAAGCUUUUCUAACAUGGAUUUAUAUUAAUUUUUGUUUCUCUUACAUUUUUUUUUUUUUUGUUGUUUUCCGAUACUGUUAUGAAUAAUAUUAUUGUACACGCUCCAUCCUGUAUUUUUAUGUAGUUUACACUAUGUACCAAAACUCUUUUCCUUUAUUUUUGACGUUUCACAUUACGAGCGACUACCUCGUUGUUACUGCUAAAGCAAGAAAGCAAACAAUAAUUUUCCGCUGAAUUAUUAUUAUUACUACUUUUUUAUACAUGUUGAAUAUUGAAAAAAGAUAUACAUAUAAUGUACCUAAAUACAUAUAUACAUACA